AAGGAGGCUUAGAAGUGAUGGUCUGGAUCCACGGAGGAUUUUUGCAAUUUGGAAAUGGAAAUGAACCUGGUCUGAGUCCAACUGCAAAUUUGGCACAGAAACUGGGCGUGGUUUUUGUAUCAAUGAAUUAUAGACUCUAUACUUUAGGCUUCAUGGCUCUAGACUUGUUAUCUGAUAACAUUUUGACUGAUUCCAAAGGAAACUAUGGCUUAUGGGACCAACUCUGUGCGCUACAGUGGGUGAAAGAUAACAUCAAAAAUUUCGGUGGAGAUCCUAGGAAGGUCACGCUGUUUGGUCCUGAUGCAGGAGCUGCAAGUAUUAUGGCACUGAUGACAUCUCCGAAAGCACAAGGACUUUUCCGUUCAGCAUGGCUAGUGGGUCCCACUAUGGUAUUCAACAGGACGUUUGAAGAGGUCACAGCCCAUAACAAGGGUCUCUUUCUCCAACGGUCUAGCUGCAGGGAUGCUCGCUGCUUAAGAAAAAGUGACGCACAAGACGUGAUAGCUGCUCAUCUAGGCAAAGACGACGCCUCCUUCAGAAUCAGGGACCAGAACGAUUUGCCUAUACAGGGAAUCUUUCCUGAACAGCUUAUCGUCAUUGAUGGUGAGCUUCUAACUCAACCUCCAUCAGUUGCUUUGGAUGAUGAAGACAUUAAAAGUAUGCCUUUGCUCAUAGGGUCUGCAGCUCAAGCAGUUGAUUUCUGGCCUGGUCCUGAUGACUUAUCGACAUGGACAUGGAAUCAGUACAAAAAAUAUGUUACAACUAGUCUUGACAGUUUUGGAUUACAAGUCAGUCAAAUGGCACUUCGAAUUUACAAUGGAACUGCAGCACAGUCUAUAAAUCCAAACUAUACAGCAGAAUAUUUGUAUACUACUAUGGUAUCCGAUAUCAGACAGUCAUGUCCAGUUAACACAUUGGCAAGACAACUCUCCAGCUUAUCUCGAUCACCAGUGUAUAGAUAUACUCUUACAGAAAAGCCAUCAAAGCCUGUCAGACUUUUUAACUACACAGCGAAGUAUAGUUUCCAUCUCUGGGAGAUCAUCGCAUUUUUUGGUGGCACUGAGCAUUUUCUUCCCAAUCCUGAAUCUGAUGAUUUAGCAUUCGAAGAGACAGUUCAAAACAUGGUAGCAAACUUUGUCAAAUCUGGAGGAGAUAGUGUUGGCGACAGUGACUGGUUGCGCUUUCCCAAAAAGAUGGCCAAUUUGGCAAGAAAUAUCACUUUCGGUGACAUCAACAAAACAGAGUGUAAAUUUUGGUCUGAAAGCAAACUCGACGUUUAUGCUUGGGUUAGUUAAGGUAGUUCAUGAUUUUAUAAAAGAAGAUAUAGCUUAAUGCUGAAAGUGGAUCAUAUUUGGAAUAAAGGCAUGUUAUGAACUGAAUAUUGUCAGACCAUAAGCCUCUAAAUAAACUUUCUGAUGCUCAUCAACUUCACAAUGUAUUAUGCAGCCUUCGAAAUAUAAAAGGCAGCAUUAUGUACCCUAACAUGUGAAUAGGUGCACAUCUAUGUAUGACAUUAAAUUUAUCUGUCGCCAUAGUCAUCCCAAUGCACGAGCAAUCACGUGUUCUAACACGAUAACUGUGUGCCAAAGCUUUUGGAAAGCUGUGUCUCUACAUUAAAGGACGUGUUUCUACUUUUGGUUUUCUUCAUAUUGUCUGUUUCGUUUCUUCAAUGGAUUCCUGCAUAUGUGGAAACAUGAUUUCAAGAUUCUUGGUGCAAGCUUAACUAAGAUUGAAUUUGUGCUUCAGCUCAAAAUACAAUGGAGUGUGCCAAAACAACAAACAUGUGUGGCCAAAGUAUGUGAGAUUAAAUGUUGUAUAUAUAUAUAUAUAUUAAAUAUUUAUUAUUUGCAUGCGUUAUUGCUGCAUGUAUGUAUUUCAAGGUGGUGGAGGAUUCUAUACAUGCUGUGCUAUUUAACAAAAAUGGAUUUUUUUUCUAUUUAAUAAAGUUUACGAACAUCAUGUA